AUGGCGAUAAACGGUGAAUUAGAAUGUGGUAGACACAUGUCUAAGCUCUUUCUAGAUUCAGGUCCUUGUAUUCCUAAUCCAUGCCAUAAUGGAGGAACCUGUGAAAUAAGUGAAGCAUAUCGAGGGGACACAUUCAUAGGCUAUGUUUGUAAAUGUCCCCGAGGAUUUAACGGGAUUCACUGUCAGCACAACAUAAAUGAAUGUGAAGCUGAGCCUUGCAAAAAUGGUGGAAUAUGUACAGACCUUGUUGCGAACUAUUCCUGUGAGUGCCCAGGUGAAUUCAUGGGAAGAAAUUGUCAAUACAAAUGCUCAGGGCCGUUGGGAAUUGAAGGUGGCAUCAUAUCAAAUCAACAAAUCACAGCUUCGUCUACCCACCGAGCUCUUUUUGGACUCCAGAAAUGGUACCCCUACUAUGCACGUCUUAAUAAGAAGGGGCUUAUAAAUGCCUGGACAGCUGCAGAAAAUGACAGAUGGCCAUGGAUUCAGAUAAAUUUACAAAGAAAAAUGAGAGUUACUGGUGUGAUUACCCAAGGAGCCAAGAGGAUUGGAAGCCCAGAGUAUAUAAAAUCCUACAAAAUUGCCUAUAGUAAUGAUGGAAAGUCUUGGGCAAUGUACAAGGAGAAAGGCACCAAUGAAGACAUGGUGUUCCGUGGAAACGUGGAUAACAACACACCCUAUGCUAACUCUUUCACACCCCCCAUAAAAGCUCAGUAUGUAAGGCUCUAUCCCCAAGUUUGUCGAAGACACUGCACUUUGAGAAUGGAACUUCUUGGAUGUGAACUAUCGGGCUGUUCUGAGCCUCUGGGGAUGAAAUCAGGACAUAUCCAAGACUAUCAGAUUACUGCCUCCAGCAUCUUCAGAACUCUCAAUAUGGACAUGUUCACUUGGGAGCCGAGGAAAGCUCGGCUGGACAAGCAGGGCAAAGUGAAUGCCUGGACCUCCGGCCACAAUGACCAGUCGCAGUGGUUACAGGUAGAUCUUCUGGUCCCUACCAAAGUGACUGGAAUCAUUACACAAGGUGCUAAAGAUUUUGGUCACGUACAGUUCGUAGGCUCCUACAAACUAGCUUACAGCAAUGAUGGAGAGCACUGGACCGUUUACCAGGAUGAAAAACAAAGGAAAGAUAAGGUUUUCCAGGGCAAUUUUGACAAUGAUACCCACAGAAAAAACGUCAUCGACCCUCCCAUCUAUGCACGGCACAUAAGAAUCCUUCCUUGGUCCUGGUACGGGAGAAUCACGCUGCGGUCAGAGCUGCUGGGCUGCACAGAGGAGGAGUGAGGAGACCGCACACCCCACAACCCUCCUAUUUCCCGUCUCUCUAUCGCCAUGGAAUGAACUGUGCAAAAUCGGGAGGAAACUGAAUGGGGUUUUCCUGGAAAGUGCUCACCUUAUGGUAGGCCACUAACUGUCAUUCUGAGGAGGUCUAAGCCUGCCUUUUCAACGGUUUAAUUUGAUUUUUAUCAUUUAAAUUUCUUAAGCAGCAUCACAUUAACUGUGAAUUACUUUUCUCUUGGCUUUCUGAAUUAUUCACACUGGGUGAACUAUGUUAGGGAACGAAAGUAGCACUCUUUUAAUAGCAAGGAUAAAAAAAUCUCCUAGUUAUCAAAUAAAAGCAAGAGUUGUUGGAGCUUUUAUAAUCAAUAUGCAACUCAUUCUUAUAAAAGGAAUACAGCAAUGUUAGCAAUAAGGUUUUUGUUUUUGUUUUUCCUGUAGUUACUCUACAUUAUCCUAAUUGUCUUCUUGUGCCUACCACUGUUAGUGUUUAUAACAGAAUUUUGAAGAAGAAUCUGUAACAUGUAGUACUAACUGAUAUUAUAAUUCUCAUUUUACUUUUAUUAUUUUUAAUCAGAGAUUAUGUGAUCUUCUUUUCUUUUUGUUCAAUUUUAUAGCCUUUAUAUUGUAUAUUGCCUGAAUCUGUUUAUAUUUUCCAGUUGAGUUUUCUCCUAUAAUUUGCCUUAAGGUAGUUAUCAUGUUUGUUUAUAUAUAUGGAACAUGAUUGAAAAUCAGUAAAAUGAUCAUAAUUAAUAUCAGUAGAUUAAAUCUGAAAUUAUAUUUUUGAAGGAAGCUAUAACUAUGUAAUUUCCAAAUACUUCCUCUAUAAAGAACCCAAUACUACCAUUUUGCUAAAUAAACAACAAUGAAAUUGUAUUAUGCUUCUUUACACAGAAAUUUCAAUCUUCAUUUUGAUGGUAUUUACAUAGCCCUAUAUUUGCUUUAACAUAGAAUGAUGAAUUCUUUGUUUGUCUAUUUUAAAUUUUUUAACAUACAAAUAUUAACAUAGAGAUGCAUAGUUUGGCCAUGCAUACUCAUAAUUUCUUUGUUCAUCUCUGCAUUUCCCGUGAAACUAGAAUUUUCUGAAGAUUUGAAACUGGUAGUGGUUUCCCAGGAAAGCACCUUGUUCAGUUAUUUGUAAGAAGAAAAGUAUUUACUAAUGACAAACUAGUAAACCAUUUUCAAGAUGAAAAUUGAUUUCUGUUUAUUUUGCUUCAAAGGUCCUGCUAAAAUAAGCAAUCAUCAUAACAAUUUGUCAUUGAUAAUGGAGAUCUCAUUGACAUGUUUCUCAAAUCAAAGCUCACACUGCCUCCAUAAAAGUCCUCAAUGUCUAAUUUGUAAGCAUUACACUUAU